GGUUCGGUGUUCAGAGGCAGCAGUAGUAUAGCUCUGGUGCGGUGCGGGACGGCUGGGUGCCCGCGUGCCUCGCCACACAGUGCUCUCUCAACUUCUAUUCACGAUAGAUUUUGAAAUCAGUGUUCAUAUUUCGUUCCUGAAAAGUGAUCUUGCUCUGUAAGCUUUACGUGUACAAGUACAGUUCAAACAAUAUCAGAUAUAAAAGUAGUAUUGUUGUGAGACCAGCACGAUGUCUUCCGCUGACCAAGAAAGGGGCAGCGCCCAGCACGUGGCCUUCCAGAUGACGGAGAAGGAUGAAAAUCAUAUAGAAAAGGAUGAGGAGUCGCCUGCUGAAAAAGAUUCCGUUGCUUUCAAAAAUGGUGGCACUACCUUAGAAGAAGCUGAGGAGGCCAGGGACCAACUGCCUUUCCUACAUGCAAGACAGUCACGCUUCUCGACUGUGUCGUCGCCCGGCUUCUUGAAUUCCAGGUCGUCCUUUGGGGGCAUGUCCUCCAGGCCGUCAUUUGGAGGAAUAUCGUUCGGAAACUUGAGUUCGCGGCCAUCGAUGGCGUCUCUACGCUCCACCAUUUCCAGGGUGAACAGUGAACUCUACCCUGAACGUGGAUCCUUCGUCGGCUACAGCCUGGGGCAUUCCCUGGCCGACCUCCCCACACUGGCCCGAAAAAUGUACAUCAUCACCCAGGUGUUGGCUGCUGUCUCCGUGGCUAUGGGAUCUAUGUCUGUCGGGUUCAGCGCAGCCUACACCUCUCCUGCCCUAGCCUCUCUCGACAGCCCAAAUUCGACUAUAAAUGUGACGGAGGAGGAGAAGUCUUGGAUCGGUUCCCUGAUGCCACUCAGUGCUCUCACUGGCAGCAUCAUUGGUGGCUACCUCAUUGACGCCCUUGGCAGAAAGAUGGUCAUCCUUGUGUGUGGCCCGCCUUUCAUCGUGGCUUGGCUGCUGAUUGGAUCAUCAAGUAAUGUUAUGAUGAUAUAUGGUGGUCGUGUCCUGGGUGGUUUGUGUGUGGGUCUGUUGACACUCACUCUCCCUGUCUACCUUGGGGAGACCAUCCAGCCAGAGAUCAGAGGCAUCCUUGGACUCCUUCCCACUACCUUUGGCAAUGCUGGUAUUUUGGUAUGUUACUUGGUGGGAUCAUCUGUCAACUGGUGGGUGUUAGCCUAUGUAGGAGCAAUCAUUCCCUUGAUCUUUACACUCAUGAUGUGCUUUGUUCCUGAGACUCCAAGAUGGUGCAUCUCCAAAGGCCGUGUGGAUGAUGCCCGCUGCUCCUUACAGUGGCUUCGUGGGUCUGACUCUGAUGUUGAAUAUGAACUUGAAGCAAUCCAGAUGAACUUUGAGAUGGCAAGCCAGGAGACAUCAACAUUGAAAGACAUAUUUAAUAAAUGCUACGUCCGCCCCUUCCUAUUAUCAUUAGGUCUUAUGCUCAUCCAGCAGCUGUCAGGCAUCAAUGCUGUCAUCUUUUACACUGUUUCCAUAUUUGAGAUGUCUGGGUCAACCAUUAGUGGUCACCUGUCCACCAUCAUUGUGGGUGUUGUGAAUCUUCUAGCCACCUUCAUUGCCAAUGCACUCAUUGACAAACUGGGACGGAAAAUUUUGCUCCACAUUUCCAGUGGCCUUAUGGUCUUAUCUCUGGUGUCCCUUGGCACCUUCUUCUACCUCAAGACCACAGUAGAGAAGGUUGGCGAUUUGGAUGAACCUCACCCGUGGAAGACUGCAGUGGAGAAGCUGGCAUGGUUACCACUAGUUAGCUUCAUGGUCUAUGUGAUAGCCUUCUCCCUGGGCUGGGGCCCCAUCCCCUGGCUCUUCAUGGGUGAAGCACUCCCUGCCAAGAUCAGAGGUCCUGCUGCCUCUGUCAUAACAGCAUUAAACUGGUCAUGCACUUUUCUCAUCACCAAGACUUUUCCAGGAAUGGUUGAAGUCAUGGGGCCCUCGUAUGUAUUUUAUAUGUUUAGUGGAAUCAUGACUAUUGGCGCAUUGUAUGCCAUUUUCUUCAUUCCUGAAACUAAAGGCAAGACCCUUGAAGAAAUUGAGGAGGAGCUGUCUGGGAGGAGAGCUAAACGCAACAGGAAGAUCAGCACCUUUUCUGGUAUUCAGAUGUAAUAUACUAUGCUGAAGUAGUUCCUUCUCUUUAAUGUGUAGGGUGGUGCUGGACUGUGAAGUCACAAGAUUAGAUUCCUUGACAGUGAUGGUCUCCUUGGUUGUAGUGGUUCCUCGAGAGCAUGAUUGCUUUUGGCAAAUCAGAUGAUUUCAUUAUUAACUUAAGCAACAUAAGCUGAUAUUCAGGAAAGUUAGUUCUGUAUUAUGACUCUAUUAAAGUAACCAAGAAAACAUUACAUUGUACCGAGAUAUCAUGUGAGAGCAGCAUUCGUGCCAUCACAAGCAAUGUGUUCGGUGCCACCUAGUGUUUAUGAGGAGCACUUGUGAAACUGUUGAGCCACACCAUCUUGACCAUCAGGAUAUAGUAAUACUGUACAUUCCUGAGUGAAAGGAUGGUGAUUUAAAACAAAAUCCAUGACAAGUUACUGGUAGCUUCUUGCCUGUUGUACAGGUUGUCGGUGGAAUUUGUUGAUAAAUGUGAGAUUUGUAAGUUAGGUCUCAGCAUGUAUAUAUAGAAGUUACCAUUUGAGUGUGUAGAUGUCUUGAGAAACAGAGGGAAAAUUAUUUCUUGCAACUGAACCUUACUGUCUGUUGACAUGUUGUCUAAAUAUUGAAGGACUGAGCUGUUCUUAUGUAUAAGUAGCCAAUUUCGUUCAGUGUUACUUAAAAUGUUCAUUAUGUACAAGAGGCUUACAGUAUAUUGUUCACGAUAUUUUGAUAUGUUCCAAAGAAAUGAUGCGACCUCAAAAUACAGUAGUUUUGGUGUGAUUAUCUUGAGUCAUUCUUAACAUGAUUUUUUUGGACCAUUCAUUGUAUUUCUUGGAUGCACUAGUUAUAUCUGCAGAUUUUUAAAAUUUCAGGAAUAGAUUAAGAACAUUCAGUCACUGUAUUUAUCAGUAGUCAUUAUCAACUGUGCUUAAUCAUGAGAUAAUUGGAUUAAUCUGCAGGAGAGAUGAUAGUAUUAAGCAUACAUGACACUCAUUUGCACUGGCAUGAUGUAUAAGUUAUUUUAUUGAUCUGACAAUAUAGUAAGUCUAUGAUGACUGACGGACAGAAAAAUAAAGUACAAAGUAACAUGGCAGUAAAUUUAUUCUCUGAAUUUAACAGUGAUGGUAGAAGGAAGAAGGUGAUUAAUAUAGCCAAAUAUGGAGAUGCUGUGAGCCAAGAAACAAGUGACUUGGCAGUAGAAUUUCCAGCAUUAGGAGAGUCAAUGUGUCAAGUAGGUUGCUCAGGCAGCAAGCCUCUUGGCUGCAGAGACAGAGACUAACUGCACUGAUUACAAAAGAUGAGAUGGUUUCCCACUGUCUGAGACAAAGCCUCUUAGGUUUAUUGAGGUUUCUUUUAUCAAUGACGGUUUCCUCAGUAUAAAACUCACAGAAGUUAUCUAACUCCUAGAUACAACUAGGCAAACAAUUAAAAUGAGGUGUAAGGAAACAUAUUAAAACAUCUGACUCUGCCUGAGAAUUGAACUUAGGACUGGAGCCAGAGAUAGCAACACUAGGGAAAUUGGGGAAGGUGCUUGAGAUAAGGGGUCCAGAUUGAGGUGGAGGUGUGGGGGUGGGUCAGCAGGCAAUGUUGCCAUAGGCAGGGCUGUAGUAGGCAGCAGCAGCAUUGGUAAAACUGAGAGAGGUAUCAGUGAAGUGUAUCACAUAAGUGUUGAUAUGUUUAUGUUAGCAUCAAAAUGUACCACCUCUCUGAUGAUAUUUUCAUGCAUUCCCCAGUAUUCGAUAGUGAGACCUGUUGGCUAAAGUGAUCUACUGGAUAAUUUCAACCUGGGCAGUAAUGUACAUGGCUUGUAUAUUUAAGAUCACAGUGCAUGUACAUUGAUCACAUGAAGGGAUGUGAGGCAUUGUUGGAUAAACCUCCAUCUUUUCCACAAAAGAGGUCAGAGCCAGCAUGAGUGUAAUAGUAAGAGGCCUGUUAAACAUAUGGAUCUGAUAGACACUGAUGAAACUAUGUAUUGAAGGUAUUGUUGUCAUAGAGUUGGCAGUCGAAUUUGUGUGCAUUGAAUAAACUGGGUCAUUGUAUGACUGCUAAUGAUUACAUCAGAAAAAGGUGAUUUCAUUGCUGCUGCAUUGACAUUAUCAGUGUGGACAAGGGCACCUUUGAGAGAUCAUACUUCUUAAAGAUUGGCAUAUUCAUAAGAAUUCUGGCAUAUGUGGCAGCAUAUAUCAAGAUGACCAGACCACACACUAGAAAUUGAAGAGACGACGACGUUU